GACAGCAACUUUGCUACAACGCAUGUAAACACAAAUGCAUGUGUACAUUCAUGUUUUUUGGCUAUACUUAAUAUUUUUUUAAUUUUUAAAGUAAUUAAAUCAAUAAUUUUGAAAAAUGGUGAAGAAAUGUGCAGUUAAAAAUUGUAUGAGUGGCAGUAUAGCAGAACGAAAAAUGAAGUUGAAGCAAAAUAAUCGUCCAACGGCUUUAUUUCAAGUACCAAAGUGUCCGAGCAUGUUGCAAAAAUGGAAUGAUUAUGAUGUCGCUCAAACCAGUGAAUACGUCAUUGCCUAUAUAGCUGGUUACGUUGUCCGAAAAAUGCACCGAUUUUCUCGAUGUGAAAACUGUCUCAAAAGUCUUGAGUCCGAGACAUCAUCUGAUAGAGAUAGAGUUAUCGACUUAAUGAGUGAACACUGCAAACGUCCAAGUGAUAAUUUAUUUCUUCUCAUCCAGAAAUUAGAAAAUACUGUUUUAAGUGUUGUCGGGACUAAAACUGUAAAAAUCGAUACGAUAAAUCAAAUUGUUGAUAAAAUUUCAACAAAGAAAUCAUUACCUUUCUUAGGAUGCGACGAACAUCAAUCAAUUUUGAUGAAAAAAAUUUUAAGUUAUUUUAUUACGAUUAGGGGCCACUUUUUAGCAAGCCAUAUUAAUAAAAACUAUAACGAAAAAAAAAUGAAAAAUAAGAAAUUACGAAAAAUUUCGAAAAUAGUGUAAAUCGUACUUAUAUAACUUAAUCGUACUAAUUAAAAUAUUAUUUACGUGACAUAAGCUUUUUGAUAAAUUAUUAUCGUAUAUAUAUAUUA